GGAAAGGGGAGCGCAUUCAGGGGUUAGGAUUCCUGAAGAGGCACGUCUUGACAUUGCAUUUGUGUUUAUUUUCCCUGGUGUGCACGCUUGAAGUACAAACCUUCCUACUUAGUGACUGAGUAAGGCUUUGGGGACUGUGGUACUCGAAGGCGGCCAGCUGCCUGACCUAAGAUUUACGAGUGGUUCCAGCGACGAGACAAGGUCCCAGUGUCUCGGUGACAACAAGGUCUUUGAUGAACAGCCAGGAGCUGCAGUUGGGAGGGAGAGGAGGCGAGAGCCCCCGGAUUGCCUCCUCGCAGGAGUGGGGCGCCGGGGGCCAUCAGCAUGCAGGAGCCGCGAGCGUGUCCUUGAAGGGCUGCCCGGCUGACCUUGCUCCGCAUUCUCCGGAGAAGCCUCCCCGAGCGCGCGAGGCCGAGACCGCGCGGUGACUCAGUGCCCGGCGCGCCGCAUGCAAAUGUUCCCCUCCAGCGAGCCCGGCGCCGCAGCUCGGCCUCCCUUUCCUUUCCUGCCCCCCUUUUAAUUCUACUCUUCAAACCUGGCUCCCUCCUCCCCCUCUGCACCGCCCAACAGCCCGACUGUCCGGGCGUUCUGUCCUCCACUUCCCAUCCGCAGGACCGAAGGCCAACCUUCGCGCUCCCUCGCUGCGGGGAUCGGGGAUCCGGGAUCGGACCUGGCCCUUCCGAGCCGGCACCGCGCAGGGUAACCGCGAUCCGGCCGACCAGAGGGGGCGGCGCGCGGCGCUCCGAGGCGCACGGGCGGACGGCCGGUCCCCGCUCCUCAUUGGCCGCCACCUCCGCGGGAGGGGCCGUCCUGCGCUUGGGGCACGGGGCGGGCGCUGCCCCUCGCCGGGAAAUCGGCAGAUGCCGGGCACUGGCGCGUGGAGGUGAAGGCAGUGGAGGGAAGGCCGGGGCGCAGCCGAGCUCCCUGCAGCCAGCCCUGCCCUGCCCUUCUCUGUCCGCUGCCCCGGUGCUGGCGACGCUUGGUUGCCCCCUAUGCCCGCUACGCCAGCCGGAAACUUUGCCCCAAGAAGUCCUCCUCCGCCUGACUGCCUAGUCCGUCUUGUGCCCCCUGCCCCCGGCCCCCGCGCGUGAUUGCGGGGACCCCCGGCGCCUGUGCCUGCCACGCCCCGCCGCGCGCCAGCGGCCGCCAGGAUGCGCUACGCGGACCCCUCGGCGAACAGGGAUUUGUUGGGGAACCGAACUUUGCUCUUCAUCUUCAUCUGCGCCUUCGCCUUGGUGACUUUGCUGCAACAGAUCUUAUAUGGCAGGAACUACAUCAAGAGAGGCCUCCAGUUUGGUUGGCAGAGUGGCGACCAGCUGGACAAUUGGACGGGGCUCUUUAAUGCCACGGACGACCCAGAGUCACCCGGCGGCCGUGACUCCAGCUCCAGGUACUUUGAAUUUUACGAGGGCCCUCUAGAAUAUAACUCCACAAGAUGCCUGGAGCUGAGGAACGAGAUCUUGGAGGUGAAGGUGCUGUCCAUGUCCACUCUGUCCAGAUGCUGCAAUGCCCCCUCCUUCCUCUUCACCACCCAGAAGAACACGCCCCUGGGGACAAAGCUCAAGUACGAGGUGGACACCAGCGGCAUCUACCACAUCAACCAGGAGAUCUUCCGCAUGUUUCCCAAGGACAUGCCCUACUACCGGUCCCAGUUUAAGAAGUGCGCAGUGGUGGGCAACGGAGGCAUCCUCAAGAACAGCCGCUGUGGGAGGGAGAUCAACAGCGCCGACUUCGUCUUCCGGUGCAACCUACCCCCCAUCUCAGAGAAGUACACCAUGGAUGUGGGGGUGAAGACGGACGUGGUCACCGUGAACCCCAGCAUCAUCACAGAGAGGUUCCACAAGCUGGAGAAGUGGCGGCGGCCCUUCUACCGCGUGCUGCAGGGCUACGAGAACGCGUCCGUGCUGCUGCCCGCCUUCUACAACACGCGCAACACCGACGUGUCCAUCCGCGUCAAGUACGUGCUGGACGACUUCCAGGCGCCGCAGGCCGUCUACUACUUCCACCCGCAGUACCUGGUCAACGUGUCGCGCUACUGGCUCAGCCUGGGCGUGCGCGCCAAGCGCAUCAGCACCGGCCUCAUCCUGGUCACGGCCGCGCUGGAGCUCUGCGAGGAGGUGCACCUGUUCGGCUUCUGGGCCUUCCCCAUGAACCCUGCGGGCCUCUACAUCACUCACCACUACUAUGACAACGUCAAGCCCCGCCCCGGCUUUCACGCCAUGCCCUCCGAGAUCUUCAACUUCCUGCACCUGCACAGCCGCGGCAUCCUCCGCGUGCACACGGGCACCUGCAGCUGCUGCUGAGGGCGCGCUGCCUGCCCUGCCCGUCGGCCCCCAGACCCUUGCUCCUCCUUUCCCUCCUGCGCUGGGCAGGGCAGGGCGAAGGUCUGUCUGGAAGGCUGUCUGUCACUACCUGGUAGUUCAGCUUCAAGCUUGGGACCCCCCCCCCCCCCCCCGUGGGCCGGGAGACAGGGGUGGGGCUCGGGGCAGAGUCAGCUCUGUGCUGGGCAUCCAGGGCCUUGGUCUGGGCCCCGUGUCUCUGCCCGGCCCACGGUGGCAUGCUGCUGGGGAUUGCCCGUGAAAAAAGCACAUUUCCACUCAAUGUUGGCAUCCAAGAAAGAGAGCACACUGUAUUGGCCUUGUCACAGCUAAAGGAAGGCCCCACGGAGAAUGGAGGAGAGACGGCAAGAUUUAAUUCAGACUUUUGGGCUCCUGAGUUGCACUCCAAGGCCUCAGCCCUGAUUUGCUGUCUAGAAUCUCAGAGCUUAGCAGCCAGCUCAGCCACCAGACCUUCCUGUGAAGACAGAGUGGCCCAGAGAGGUCCAGAGACUUAUCAGCCAAGGUUACACCUACUGACCGAGCCCAUUAAGUGACCAGUGAAAGCUAAUGCGAGGGCUGUGUAAGGAUCUUCGCAGAGACCCCAUCAGCUGAGGAGAGCCACACCGUUUCAUACACAUCUUCACACACAGUCUUGGUGCCUCCGGGUUCAAUCCUGCAUCUGAUCUUUCAAUGAGAAGAACAUAAACCAGACCAGCCAUUGCACUAAGGUUUUCAAGCCAAUGUCACCGACUCAUUAGCGCUCAGUGAUUUGCUUCCUCUUCUGGCUCCUUAUUUCCAGCUCUGUUUUAACCAGGAGUUAUUUAUAAGACCCGUUCCUCUUUAUGUUCCUGAAUACUGCAGAACGCCGCUAUGUCGUGUUCCUGAACAGGCUCUGUAAGGCUCGGGAUGAACCGAGUAAACGGUGAGCGUGUCGGCAGGAAGCCCAUCAUGGCCCCGGACACCAGCAUCACCGAGGGAUCUGCACAGGCGGGACCACCCAUGUGGCCAGUCAGGCAGCCCACGCACACAUGUGCCCGCAGGGCCUGCACUGGGGGAAGUUAGCUGUGUCUAGCUGAGAGGGAUCAACAGGUCACUUCACAGCUGAAACUCAUUCCCUUUGCUUCCAGCGUGAUGUUUCCACCACUAACUUGGCUGUGCCGGAUAGACACUGUUGAUAAAUUGCCUUAGAACUUAGUUUUGUAGAAUCUUAGAAUGUUAGUCCUGGGGAGGACUUCAGCCUCUUCCCUCCCUUUCUUUUUUCUCCCUCCCCACCUUCUCUCCUUUCUCCCUCCCUCCCUUUCCUCCUCCUUCCUUCUCUCCUUUUCUUCCCUCCCUUCUGUAAACAUGCCCAUAGCUUGUCUUGUUUGGUCUGGGCUUGGGCUUGGACAUAAUGAUGAAUAUGGACACAUCUCAUUUUAUUGCACUUCAUAUAUGUUGUGGGUUUUUUUAAAAUAUAUUUUUAUUGAUUUCGGAGAGGAAGGGAGAGAGAUAGAAACAUCAAUGAUGACAGAGAAUCAUUGAUUGGCUGCCUCCUGCAUACCCCCUACUGGGGACCAAGCCUGCAACCCAGGCAUGUGCCCUUGACCGGAAUCAAACCCGGGGACCCUUCAGUCCACAGGCUGAUGCUCUAUCCACUGAGCCAAACCAGACAGGGAAAGAUGUUGCAUUUUUUACAAAUUGAAGGCAAGACCCUCCACCAACAAAAAAGAUUACGAUUUACGUUUA